CUUUUCGAAGUUUCUUCCAAAGGAUUAGCAUUUAGCAAGAAGGGUUGCUUUGUGUUAUCUUCUUGACCUCUGUGUUUUACUUUCCUUGAAUGUUACUUAUUAAGAGCAGCAGCAUGACAAAAGCCAAUCAGUCUGUGUAUUUAAACUUCCCCUCGAAUUUCUAAACAGUUGUUGCUAUUUUUGUAUAUUUGGCUUUCUUUUGGAGGUUCUUCUAAGAAGAAUCAGAUCAAGGUCUUGACUGAGACUUAUCAAACUCCGUUUACCCAGUUGGACAAUUUGGACAUAAAAUUUAGAUUUACCCAGUUGCAAAACAGACCCAAAUAUGAAUACAAAGACAUAGGAAAAGGAAGGUUUGGCGGCCUCUUUAUUAUCUCCUCUGCUUCAAUUAGUGUGUUUCUACUUUAUUCAAUCAGAGUCUAUCAAGAAGUGUACGCUUUUCAAGGAACAAAAACAUGGAUGUUGGUCCGAUUUUCGAGAUUGCAAAAAUGAUAUUUGCUCCAAUUCAUGAAUACUACAAUAAUUAUAGAGGCGCUGAUGAACGUAGGAUAAUUCUCAAGAACAAAUGGCGGGAUUUAGAACGUCGGAAGUUAGACACAUCCUCUAGAAUGGAAGCACAACUUCUUCCAGGAAAGACACCAAAGGAAGAAGUUCAAGGAUGGAUCCAAGAUGUAGAAAUGAUGAAUGAUGAAAUAGAAGCCAUUGAACGCGAAGCUAGAGAAGGGAAGUGUUUCUCACGUGCACGCAUAGGAAAACUUGCUUUGAAGAAGAUAGGAGAGGUGGAAGAACUUUAUCAAAGGGGUGCUUUCACUGAUAGUUUGGUCAUUGAUCCACCUCCAAGCAAUGGAGAAAUAAUGUCAACACCAACUUUGAUUGGGGAAAGCACUGCUAAAAGAGUAAUGGAAGAAAUUUGGGCAUGGGUGUUGGAUGAUGAUGUUAGAAAGAUUGGCCUUUAUGGAAUGGGAGGUAUAGGGAAAUCGACUGUCAUGGAGCACAUCAAUAAUCGUCUAUUAAAAGAGAAAAACAAAUUUAAUAGUGUCAUUUGGGUCACUGUAUCAAAGUCUUUAAAUGUUAUCCAAUUACAACAUGAUAUUGCACGCAAGUUGGAUUUAAAUCUCGCAAAAGUUGAGGAUGUAAGAGAAAGGGCUGCCAAGUUAAAGGCAAAAUUGGAAGAUAAGAAUAGACAUGUGCUAGUCUUAGAUGAUAUGUGGGAAGCAUUUGCUCUUGAAAAAGUAGGAAUUCCAGAGCCUACUUCAGCAAAUGGAUGCAAAUUAGUAUUGACAACUCGUCUUCUUGACGUUUGUCGAGGAAUGAGUUGUAAGGAUAUUAAAAUGGAGCUUCUUUCAAAAGAGGAGGCACAGAAGUUGUUUUUGGAUAAAAUGGAGCGUGAUGUUUUUAAUAUUCCAAAUUUGAAACCAAUGGCAAAAGAGGUUCUUGAAAGAUGUGCUCAAUUGCCUCUUGCAAUUGUUACAAUAGCUGCAAGUUUCAAACCCUUAAUCAAUGAUUAUGAGUGGAGAGAUGCAUUGGAAGAGUUAAGGACAUCAGUAAUAAGGACCAACAAUAGAGAGGAGCAGGUGCUUGAGACGCUUAAAUUUAGUUAUGAACGAUUGAAAGGUGAGAAACUUAAACAGUGUCUCUUGCAUUGUGCACUAUACCCUGAAGACUUCAAGAUUGACAAACAAGAGUUGAUAGAACAUUUGAUUGAUGAGGGAAUUAUUGAAAGAAUGAAGAAUAGGCAAGCGGAGUUUGAUAGGGGCUAUUCAAUAUUGAGUAAACUUGAAAAUGCUUGCUUAUUGGAAGGUGGAAAUGAUAAUUUUGUGAAGAUGCAUGAUUUGGUAAGAGACAUGGUCCUCCAGGUUGCAAGUCCUGAAUUUAUGGUAGAAGGUCACUUGGGAUUGGAAGAUUUUUCAGAUGAAGGAAAAUGGAGAGAGGAUCUUGUAAAGGCUUCUUUGAUGUACAAGGACAUAUCAACAAUCCCUUCUAAUGUAUCACCCAGGUGUCCUAACCUUUCAACCUUGUUGCUACAAGGUAACAAAUCAUUAAAAAAUGUCCCAGAUUCUUUGUUUGAGCAUUUGCGUAGGCUCAAGGUUCUUGAUUUAUCAGAUACUGCUAUUGAAUCUCUGCCGAAUUCUGUCUUUAGCUUGGAGAAUCUUACUACAUUAAGGCUUAGAUGGUGUGAAAACUUGAAGCAGGUGCCUUCAUUAGCAAAACUUACAGCAUUGAGGAAGUUAGACCUUGAGGGAGCAGGAAUUACGGAAGUACCUGAUGGUUUAGAAAUGUUGGUCAACUUAAAAUUCCUCAAUUUGAAUGCGAGUGAACUAAAAGUCAUGCCACUUGGGAUUUUACCGAAAAUCUCUCAUUUACAGUACCUCAUAGUUUAUUGGCAUUCGAUGGCAACAAUAGUGAACGAAGAGGAGAUGGCAAGCUUAAAGGAAUUGGAAGCUUUUGCAGGCAUUUUUGAUGACGCAGACAAGUUCAGUCUGUAUAUCAGAUCCUUAGAGAACAGGCGACUUGCAUGUUACCAAAUUCGAGCGGGGAAGUGGGGGGAGGGCUUCAGAAUUUCACCAUAUAGAUUGGUCGGCAAAGGAGUAAAUAUAAUAGGGUGCAAUUUAAGAAGAGGAGAUGCCCUAGUGCUACCGAAAGACGUGCAAUCCGUAGAAAUUGCAGUAUGUCACGAUUUAAAAAGUUUAUGCGAUGUUCCAUCUUUGAACCACACAAGUGAAUUACAACGUAUACAUCUAAAUCGUUGUGGAGGAAUAGAGCACGUUCUUUCUUUUUCUUCUUCUUGUACCCUUCCUCUUCUUCAAACUCUAGAGAGAUUAGAGCUUUUAAAUUUGGAUAACUUACGCGUAUUAUUUUGGAAAGAGAAAGCUGCAUCGACAUGGAUCCCAUCUGACACCUUUUCCUCUCUCAAAAUAAUUUAUUUAUGCAUGUGUUCUAAGAUAAAGAAGUUGUUUCCACCUGGGUUGCUGCUACACCUACACAACCUGGAAAUUAUUAGGGUCUACAGAUGUGAGCAAGUAGAGGAAAUAAUAGGAGAAGCAAGUGAUGAAUUUGAAGAAGAAAUAAAAGAAGAGGAGGAAGGAAUGGACACUAACAAAAUCACUCUCCCCAAUUUGAGGGUUUUAGAAUUACGGUACCUACCGGAACUGAAGACCAUCUGUAGUAGCAAUAAAGUAAUAGUUUGUGAUUCUCUUGAAAUGAUUGAGUUACGUGAAUGUCCAAAGGUAAAGAGACUCCCUCUCUCUCUGCCUCGUCUUAGUAAUGGACAACUAUCUGCUCCCCCUUCUCUUCAACACGUUUUGAUUUAUUCAUCGGGCGGCAUAUGGUGGGAAUCGCUGGAGUGGGACUGUCCCGACACUAAGAAUGUCCUUCAACCCUUUUUUGGUAUUCCGUGAAUGCUAAGCAUGGGACUUCUUGACAAGUUAAAGCUCAAAUGAAAUGUUUCUGUGGUAUGUGCGAGUGCGAGCAAGGAGAUCUUCACUCUCAAACGUAUUUCUGUGUGAUUUUGUUCUUAUUUACUAAAUUAUCAACUCUGUUGUGUUAUGAAGGUGUGUUAGUACGACAUGAAUAUUGAAGAGAAAGAUCAAUUAGAUUGUUAAUUUUCCUUGUGUUUUGCUACUUUUUUAGUUUUUAGAGCUGCAGGCUUUCAGGAAAACAUACUUGAAUGUACUGUGAUCUUUUCAAGUUUUGAGUAUCCUCUUUUGUUCCCUCUAAGUUCAAUGCUGCUUGGUUCACAUUUCAAUGAAAAUGCUUAAUCAUA